GAAGAAGAAGAAGAAGAAGAAAGAAAGAAAGUAAAAAAAAAAAACGCACAGAAUUAGAAAGAAAGAUAAAUAAAAGAAAAACGAAGAUCGAAAACACGAAACGAAGUGACGCAAUUCAAAAUACACCCCAGAAAUUUUUUAAGAAGAAAAUAAGUCAUUUUCGUGCUUCCAGGCAGUAGUUCUUGAGGGGAAAAAGCCAUGAGCGGAAGCCAGUGACUUUCCGGAGCCCCAACACCAGGCAGCAGGACAGGGCCGGCGGUCGGGAGAAAAUAGGGAAAAGUACAGUCGGACGUGCAUGCAUCCGGUCACCGAUAGGAUGGACAACAGCAGAGAAGGCGAGCGAGGGGACAAAGCCCGGGGUGGGUUGCCACCCGGGAUGGACCCGGCAACAGCUGCACUAUAUGCCCCGUGGGUGCACCAAGAGCAGGCUUUACUGUCCAACAUGUUUGGAGCAGGCAGCUUAGGACCCUAUGGGGCAGCAGCGGCAGCGGGCAUCCCGGGCUGGGGUGGGCUGCCUCCUGGCUUCCCACCCUCCAGUUCCGCAGCCGGCUUGGCGAGCUUGGCAGCAGCACAGCAAGCACAACAGGCUGCAGCACUAGCUAGUCUUGGACCAGCUGCAGAUCAACAUUACCGGUACAACCAAAGCAGCUACAGAGCCGGGAUGAAUCCGCGUUCACACGAGGCGCACUUCUCCGAUUCUACAGCCUGGUGGAAUCUGGCCGGCUUGCAGCAGAUGGAACUCCUGUCCCGCUUGCAAGGGGGCCUCGGGGGGAGUGGAGGGGCGGGGGCUGCUGCUGCCGCUGCUGCAGGUCUUGGAGGUUUUGGGGGCCUGCAUCCAGAGCACUUGAUGAACCUGGAAAUCCUUCAAGCACAACAUGCAGCUGCCAUGGCUGCAGCCUUAGCCACAAGUAAGGCCUCAACUAGCAGUUCCAAACACUCUAAGAAUAGUAGCAGUAGUAACAGCACUAGCAGCAGCAGUAGUAGCAAGGGCAUCACCAGUACUCUCAGCUAUAGAGGUACAUCGGCCACAACCACGACCUCGUCCUCCAGUAAAUCACGGGAGCUCUCGAGCAGCAGCAGCAGUCGCUCAGGGCUAGAGAUCAGUCGCCUGGCCUCGUCCUCACACUCCUCGUCUUCCAACCCCAGCAGGCCGCCGAGCUACCCAUACAACUCCUCCUCGUCCUCCUCCUCCUCCUCUUCAACACACCGUUACAGCUCUCCGCUCUCUGGCCUCGAAAGUGCUACUUCACAUCAUUCCGAGCUGGGUUCCUCAGCCAGCCUCUCCUACGGCAUUGCUAGUCUCAUUGCUGACAAACACCCGUCAUCCCAUAAGUCGCACUCGUCCUCAUCAUCAUCAAACAAUUCCUCAUCACAAGCAGAGCGGGUUGCCGAGAAACUGGCAAAUAACGGGAGUGUGUCCAUCUCCAAGGCCAUCCGAAACAAGGAAUUAGAGAUUAUUCCCAUCUCGCCGGCCGUGAAGGGGAGCACGCAGUCGCACGGCAACACCCAACCCCACCGGGACAAGUCGGAGCCCAAGGUGUCCAUCUCGACUGUUGGCUCGGGCAACUCCCGGCUGUCCAAUGGCGUGCCAGGCAGUGGUGGGUGGCGGGAAGAGAGCGCCAGCGUUUCCAUUGAGCCGUGUGGGUCAACCGGCUCAGCCUCAGCUGAUGACGCUCCGCUGAAUCUUUCUAUGAAGAGCACUGCUUCGCCAAGGCCAUCAUCGAAAAGUCAUGAUAAGAGAGAACACAAGGAAUCACAUCCUAGUCCACUGACUCUGCCUCGAAGUGGACUUCCUCCUUUAGACUUCCCUCCAGGCUUAAGUGCAGGCUUGGGCGCAGGCCUAACCCCUAGUCUAGAAGUUCUACAAAGUUUAUAUGGGCAGCACGGAGAGCCCAGGGAUGUUCUGGCCUCGAUGCAAGAAGCUCUUCAACGGCAACUCCUUGCUGCAGACGGAAAGAGAGAAGAGAAGAAGAAGAGGAGGGAAGAGGCUCACAGGCAGUCUAUUUACCAGAUGGAGGACGCCCAGGAGCGGUCACGGCAUCUUGGACGAGGAGUAUCCAAACCCAAAAAGAACACAGUUGCGUCAUUGCUGGAACAGUGUCGUGCAGCGGGCAUAAAGCCUUCAACCCUACCUCUGCCCCCCACUACCUCCAUAGCAGCCACACCAGUCACUACCUCCCCCCCUCUGCACGUUUCUUCGUUGCGCGCGGGGGACCCUAUCUCGGCAGCUUCUCCAAUUGUCAACUCCCGGUCCUCGCCAUCACCAGCGUCGCAAUCUCUUCCUCCAACAUUACUGCCUGGGCUCCCGGCAAAUCUCCCUCCGUCACUCUCUGCCUCUCUGGGGGCACCGUUACCCCCUCCGGUCGUACCCACGCCUCCUGUACCCUCCCUGUCCAUCUCUGCCAUCGCCUCCACUCAGGCCUCCACCACCUCCGAGGUGUCUACCACAAUCACUCUGACGACAACUUCCUCCCUGUUGUCCUCCACCUGCUUAACGCCUCCAAUGGACACUCCCUCUACCCCCUCAACCACCACCACCACCACCACAUGCACUGCUCCUUGCACUUCCUCCAACUCAUCCCCAUUACCCCCCUCAGCCUCCACAUCAUCAGUGGCAGGCUCUGGCUCUGCUGCCUCCUCCUCUUCCUCCACCUCUGCCCCCCCUCCCUCCUCCUCUUCCCCUUCUUCCUCUGCUGCCACCUCUUCCUCCUCCUCUUCCUCUUCCUCUGCCACCAUCACAACCAACUCUUUAGCCACCUUGUCCAGCCUUCCAGCCUUGUCCAAUUUACCCCCUAUACCUGGCCUGGCCACGCCACCCUUGUCAUCCGUCUCUGCAUCCACAACUCCUCCACCUCCCAUUCCAUCAGCCACCACGUUAUCCAGUCUAUCGACAGGGAUAUCAUUGACAUCCUCAUCCACACCCCCUAUAAUGGCCUCCACCCUGUCACUGCCCCUUCCCUCUGCGCUGUCCUUGUCCUCUUCUGUGAGCAUAACAUCAGUGGCUCCUGAGACCACCAUGGCAUCGCUACUCAACAAGCCGAGUGUCACCAUACACCCAACAACUUCGGCGCCAGAUGUCCACGAUAGGGCAAAGUCUAAUAUGGAAAUGGAGAAUUCGGUGGACAUUGUAGCAAUCACAAGAGCCCAUGAGAAUGGGGGAGACAAACCAGUGAAGAAGCGACACAUGAUCACGUCGAGCAGCGUGGACGGACGGCUGAUCACCACCAUUAAAGCUGCAGCAACAGCCAUGGAUUCCUCAGAGCUUAGUGAUUCUGAAUCCGAUGAUGAGUCCACCUCGCUGUCCUCAAUUGAUGAAGACACCUUAAAUAACAUCCCAUCCCCUUGGCUGAAGAGGGACACCCCAGACUCGCCCUCUGUUUAUGGUGACUCUCCGCCAACCAAGAAACGGAAGAUGAUAACAGAUGAAGUUUCACUUCGCGUCCCGCUUAUGUACGGGUGGCGGAGAGAGACGACAAUGCGCACAAUCACACAAUCAGGAGUUCGAGGAGAAGUAAUCUACUAUGCCCCUUGUGGCAAGCCCUUCCGGCAAUACCCAGACAUAAUGAGGUACUUGGAGAAGCACGGAAUAACGGAAGUGACGAGGGAUAACUUCAGCUUUUCAAGCAAGAUACCCAUUGGAGAUUACAUUGAUGCAAACUCUCAGACACGCCAUAAUGAGAAUGAGAUAAGGGACAGAAUUCAGAAAAUUCGGGAGCAAAAAGGAUACAAACCGCAAAGAAAAAAUGAGGACGGCCGAGAUGCCCUAGAAGUGGAGGCCGAGGCCAUCCUCCGACGGUUAGAGGCCGAGGAGGAGGCUGAGAAGGCUCGGAAGGAGUACCGAGCACAGCUAGAAGAACAACAACAACUCAGCUGGCCCGGCGACUGCUUUGGACUGAUCCAACAAGAGAUACGAGAGGGAUUGCAGCGAGAACAGGAAAGACUAAAGAAACAGGAGGAACUCAGGAAAGAAAAAGAGGAAUUACGGAAGCAGAGAGAGGAGGAGAAUCGGCAGAGACUCUACGAGCAGCUAAGAAAAGCCCAGGAAAGAGAACAAGAAAAGCAGAAGCAGAAGUUGAUUAAGGAACAGUUGUAUCUACAGGAGCUCAACAAACAACGUGAAAUGCUCUACACUCUUGAGCUGGAGCGGGAGAGGAGGAGAUACCAUGGAGUUCUAGUGCGCGCCAUUGAAGCGAGGAAAAGAUACGAGGAGAGAGAAAGACGGAGAGAGGAGAUGAAGGAAGAGAAAAGGGCAACCAGAGAAAGAAAACGCGAGGAGCGCUUGCAGGCGCGGGAGAUCCACCAGCUCAUGAAGGAGGUGAAGGAGGACAUGGAACUAACGGACCACACUGACCUGCCCGAGAUCUCCCGUCUCGAUGGCCUCAGACUGCCCCCAGAGGCAUUCGGAAACAUCCUCAUGGUUUUUGAGUUCCUGCACAAUUUCGGGGAAACCUUAGGGUUCGACAUGGAGUCACUACCAUCAAUUCAGAGCUUGCAGAUGGCUCUCCUGAAUGAUAAUGAAAGCGAGGAGGAGCUCUUGAGCGUACUGUCUCACUUGCUUGUAUGUGCCAUUGAAGAUCCAGGAAUUCCGUCUGCACAGCGCCAUACCACCAUCUUGGGCCAGACCCUAAACAGAGCUGACAUCACGCAUGCCAACAUUUCUGAAAUCUUGAGAGUUUACCUAAAUGCCAAUGCCACAGGCGAGGUUCGCAUCAUUCAUGGCCUCCUGGGCACAGAGAAGGAGCGUCGCGAAAACCCCAAAAAGGCCCAGGAAUGGGAUGCAAAACUGGCGGAGAUGGAUGCUUACAAGAUGUCCCAGUGGCUGAUGCACCUGCCCUUCCUCGCCCUCAAUCCGACGCAGAAAAGUGAGAUUGUGGCCUAUGUGUGCAAUGAGCUCCUGCAGAACAAGGCUGUCGUGCGGCAGAUUGAAGAGUCGCUCGAUAGACACAACGGCCUCAAGACGGAGAAGUGGAAGCUGGACGCCAGGAUUAGAAAACUGCGUAGGAGUGUUGCUCGCAAGAGAAUCUACAACGCGGCCAUGAGGUCCAUGAUGGAGCACAGAGGAGAGGACUCGAACAUGUCCAACAUCUCGGGCAUCUCAUCCUGCCAGGGAGAACAGGAGAAAGGAGAGAAGAAGGAUAAAGAGGAGGACAAGAUGAAGGAGGAGGAGGAAGAGGAAGAGGAAGAGGAGAAUGAAAGUGGCAAUGAGAGUGACAACAUGGAGGAGAUUCCAGAUGAGGAGGAUGACAAACACCUCAAUGCGGAUGAUGCGUCCAAGACCCUAGAGCUCCUCCAGCGUCAGAUGAACCAGGUGCGGCAGGAGCUCUUUGACACGGCCCAGCAGGUGCGAGGCUUCAACUGUGGUCAAGAUAGGUUCCAGCGGACGAUGUGGGUGUUACCUCAUGCCGGAGGUCCCUUCCUAGAAGGCCUGUCGUCAUGCGACUACACCGGAAGAGAACAUUUCCCCGUCUCGGUUCCCCCAGCGGGUGGGAAGGUCGGCUACACCCUAGAGGAGAUAACGGAGAAGCUAAAGGAGGACCAAAUCAAGAAGGAAAAAAUCAAGGAGGAGCGGAAGAGCGAGGUCAAGGAGGAGCCAGUUGUAAAGGAGGAGCAGAUGGAAGUGGUAAAGACGGAGAGUGAGGUGAAGAAGGAGGCGGGUGAGGAAGUGUGUGUGGGAAGUGUAGAGAAGGAAGAAGUGGAUGUGAAACCACCUCUAAAUGGCCAGGUGAAGGAAGAGGAUGAUUUCGAAGUGCCUGAUAUUCCAAAACGAACAGAAAAGUGUAAAGAAGAAAUUGAAAAACUUGAGGAGACAAAGAGUGAUAACCUGAAUGGUGUGAAUGAAUCCAAAGCCAACGGAAACACGACCAGUGAAGUGUAUUCAUCACUGAUCAAUGCUGGACUUAAUCCCUACAUGGUCAAUGGCCUGAAGGAGGGCAAUCCCUCAGGAAGCAGUGAAGGUAUUGACCAGAACCUUUUAGCGACAGGGCUCGGCCUCGUUCCUGGGCAGUACCUGAGACCUGAGCAUGUUGCCCAGCGGGAGAAGUUGAGCUUCAGCCUACUGCCACGCAUACCCUGUGAUGUCUCGUCCCUAGAAGCACUGCCAGCCAACCAGACUCCCCAGGCCACCCCUAGAGGAUCACCUCGGGAGGCCUCGCCCUUUUCAAGGUACAGCAGGCCGCAAAGCCCUGCUGUAGGAGUCUCCCAGAAUUCAGGCAGUACUCCAGGCCCACAGAACACCCCAUUAGGGACAAACACCCCUGGAGUACCCAGCACUCCAGUGGCAAUGAGCACCCCAGGAACCAUGACCACGCCGGGGUCUGUGAGUACCCCCAUCUGUAUGAACGCCACUCAGGGAAGUGUGUGCAGUACCCCAGGAACUCUGAGCAACUCUACAGUGUCGGGGACGCCCGUGUCAUCAAGCAUGCCAGGGAGUGUCCAGUGCAUGUCCCAUCGUGAAUUGCUUGAGAGAUUACACCAGUCAGCUGAGGCUCUGCCUGUCCCAGAUGAGUACAAAACCGGAUGGUGGCACGUGACCGAUGUGGAGCAGUUGCGUGAGAUGAUUGGGGCAUUGAACGAGAGAGGCGUGAGGGAACGAGAACUAAAGCGCUUUAUUGAAAAGAAUUUCACCAUAGUGAAAAAUGCCCUCGCAAAAAUCGACCCAGAGACGGUGACCCUAGAGCCUGAUGCUGAGGAGGACGAGAAGGUUUUCUUUGACGAGUAUGGAACCCCAGUGGCCGAUGAACCUGCACACUGGUCGCAAGAGAUUGCACUCAAGGUGGAUCUUCUUGUGCUGGAUACUGUUUAUGCGAUGGAGGAGAAGAUCACUAAUGCAUCUAUGCAGAAUAAGAGUUGGCGUCUGGGUGAAAAUGGAGAAAAGCACAUGGGUGAAUUUCGCGCGUCUUGCCUCUCUCCUGUAGACGAGAACGACGCGCGUCUGAACCCCAUCCACGUGGGACGAGAGAGACUCCUGGCGCUCGAGGAGGGCAUUGAAAGAAGAUACCUCAAGCCACCUCUAGGAAUACCAGUGAACCCAAAGAACGAAACCACAUCGGAGACCAAGGAGUCUCCGAAGGGCCUGCAGGUGUGGCGGGAGGCAGUGGCCAAGUCCGAAACGGCUGCGCAACUAGCAAUGUGCACCUAUAUGCUGGAGACAGCUGUUGCUUGGGACAAAAGCAUAAUGAAAGCUUACUGCCAAUUCUGCCACAGUGGAGAUCACGAGGAGAAGCUGCUGCUCUGCGACGGCUGCGACAAGGGCUACCACACACACUGCUUUAAACCACCAAUGAAUAACAUUCCUGAGGGUGACUGGUACUGUUAUGAAUGUGUCAACAAAUUUAGUGAUAGUUCGCAACGGCACUGCCUGGUGUGUGGCGGGACGGAGGGCCGGACACUUGUCCACUGCUCGGUCUGUCCAAGAGCUUAUCACACCACCUGUAUCACUCCUAACCUUUCUAAGGUACCUCGCAACAAGUGGGUGUGUCCGGCCUGCACCAGCAAGAGUCCCCGAGGGAGAAGAGGCCGCGCGAAGAAAGUGAGUGAGAGCAACACCCAGGGGGCGGCCAACAAUAGUACCACGCCCUUGGACGUUUCGCAAGACGGCAUUGAUGAGGCUCAGCCCUCAACCCCGGUCUCGUCAAGCAAAAAGGAGAGAGCCAACAAGAAGAAGGAACAGAGAGACUUACAGGCGUGCAAAAGCAUAGUUCAAGAGCUAGAAGGACACGAGGAUGCUUGGCCAUUCCUCCUCCCCGUCAAUACCAGACAGUUUCCCACGUAUAAGAAGAUCAUCAAGAAACCCAUGGACCUCUCCGUCAUCAAAAAGAAAUUGGAAGAUAAUCUUGAAGGGACCAGUUUGUCUUCAGAGGCGGGAGUGCGAAUCGUGGAGUGACUGUUAACGAGGACUCUGGAGAGCAGACUUCGGACGCGGCCCAAAGUUCCCGUGCGUUUUUCAGGGCGAGUGAGAGUCGGGUAUAGGCUCUAUAUUUUUCCUAUUCCAAAGACCCAAGUGUUUUGAGUGAGAAUGCAUGAACAAAAUAUUAAAAAAGAGUUGAGUAGAUAUAUAUAUGUCAUGAGGUGUUUAUGGCGGUGUAGAUAUACAGACUUUUUAAAAACUCAUAAUUAUGGACAAUUUUCCAAUAUAGAGCAGCUAUAUGCUUCUGCAGUGUAUUGAAGUACAGUUUUUACUACUAAGGUCUGGUAGAGAUUUUAUAUAUGGCAUUAAAGAAGUGCAUAAGUGAUCAAGCAUUUUACAUAAACCUUCCAAUGAAUAUGUAAGAUGUUAAUGCUAAUAGUUUAAAACAUGUACAGAAAAUUGGUUCACUAUGAGAAAGCUUCUGUUUGAAGGCAAUUACCAAGGAAUGUGGAAUCAUUUUGUUUCAGUUUCUGUUUCAAUGAAUUUCAUCACAUCAAUUAUAUGGUGACAGAAGUAGGGAUUGUGAACAGGGAAGAAAAAUACUGUGUUCUUUUGUUCUGAUUCGGUUAUUUCUGUUUAUUUGGAUAAUAAGUGGCCUUUGUUAGUAGCAGUGCAGUCAACUUAGACAAAAAGGUUUGUCUAGCGUACAGUGGUGUCUGUGAAUGUUACAUUAUGUUGAAAUGUGUCUUUGUCCACUGUGAAAAACUAAAACUAACAAAAAGAAUUAGUGCUUCAGUGGGAUUUGUUUUGUAACUUACAGAAUACCUCAGAAGAAGAAAAAAAAUCACUUAAACACACACACACAUACCAAAAGAAAAAGAAAAGGAAAGAGAAGAAAAUCGAGCAAAGGAAACAGAUGGUGAAUUUAACGAGGGCCAAAAAUGCUCCUGUGCACCUCUUCCGAGGCGCUGUCACUUGUACAUGUAGCCUUUUUGCAAGUCUUGGCUGAAUGAGUGAGGGAAGGAGUACUGUAAUUCUUGUAAUGUGGAAAUGAUUCCGUUAUAGAUUAAAUAAAUCCUUUGGUGCUUACGAAGACAUGCCAUUCCUUUACAACGGCAUUUUUAAAGACUUUUUUUUAUUCUUAUUAUGGUUAUUAUUAUUAUUAUUAUUUUUAUAAUUUUUUUUUUCUCUCUACAAAUAAAGCUUAAUCUAACCAAAGACAGUUUUAUACAUUAUGUGCUUGCCAUUUAAUAACUGCACCAACAGAGCCAUAUUUGAAAGUUUCUAAUGUUAAAAUCUGUGCAGAAAAAUCAUAAUGAUAAAUGUAUUAAUAAUGGAUGGCCUUUAUUUUUGGCAUAUAGGUUAGUAUCAUUCAGGGAUUUUUAACUUCCAAAAAGAAAUAUGGUCAUUCAGAAAGUGCGCAACACAGCAGGUAAGAUUUCCUUGUCAUGUUGUUCAGGAAAAAAAGUGAAUAACGACAGACAGCUUUGAAUAUAAUUGCUAAACACAAGUUAUCCAGGUCCAGUCCAGCUACUUUAUAGAUUAUAAAACACAUUAGUAAGACAUGUAAAAAGAGAAAAAAGAAAAAGAAAAAAGGGGAAAAAAAGAAAACACAGAGCCCAGACGAGCACCAUCUGCCUUAUUCCAAGACUCCCGGGGCCGAAUUCUUUGUGAAUGUUGAGUUUGGAGGAAGAGACAUUCAGCCCAAAUUAUUUUGAGUAAAUGGCCAAACUGGAAGCUAGUGUUGUUACUUGGCAUUUUAGCACGAAUCUUCCUACAUCCGUGUCCAAUCAUAGCCCUUUGGUGCAUUAUUAUGUUAAAACGAUGUAGUAAUAAUUUUAUGACGUUUUGCAAAUGGCCAAAGUAUAUUAGGAUGGAGUGCUUCACAAUGAGAACUAAUGUCUUUAUAUGGUAGUCUUUGACUCUUCACCUUUUGUAUGAUAUAAAGAAACUGUGUACACAAAUCAUUGUAGGCGAGAAAUGGGAACGAUUCAAUGACUUUUGUUUGCAAAUCACCAAAGUUUGUAUUAUUUUGGUACUGGCAUGAUUUGAAUUUCCAAACUCUGCGCGAUCUUGCUGCACACCAUUGAUAAGCAUUUGGACGUGCUGUGAACAUCGCCAUCUUCAACCUCAAGGGUCGUCUUGGCUGGUGCGUGAAAAUGACCCUUAAGUCACUGGUGCAAAAAGGCCCUUUCCCUAGUUUCUCAUGGGUAUGAUUUGGCAGGGAUAAUAUGUACAUAUGUGCUGUGUAGUAGCCAAUGUAGAGAUUAAUAUUUAUUUACAUGUAGAGUAGAGGCUAUGCAGUGAAUCUGGAAAUACAAGAAAAAAUAUAGUCUUCUGUGUAAUUAGAAUAAUAUUUUUAGAUACUUUAUGGAUAAGAUAUUAUUUUCAUGAUGCAAGCCUGGGACCUUCAAUCCAGCCUUGACCGUCAGCAGCUCUGUAAAAUAUGUAUUAAGUGUACAGGCCAAUUUUUUAGUCAUUACCUGAGAUGAAAGAAGAAAAUGGAAAAAAAAUAUUCAGUAUAUUGUAUUUGUUUUUUUUUCUAAAUAGACCUGCUGUGAAUUUAUGUAAGUUUGGAUAUUAUGGCAGACUAUAGGAGGAGGGUAAUAAAGGUGGUGUUAAAUGUAUGUGUAUUUUUUUUUUUAACUGCUGGAAUUACAAAUAUAAUUUCUACAGUAAUCUGAAAGGCCAAUGGGGCAUUUUGGUGGCCAUAGAUUUUUAUUUAUGUAUUUAUUUUUUUCCAGUAUUUAUUUCUCUGGUCACUGAUAAUAUAGUUGUGAUAGCCGAGUGGUGACUAAAAAAUAUAGGCUCCUCAUAUCUUCCCUUUCCCUAUUUUAAUGUGUAAGAUGUGAUGUAUUUUGAAUGCCAAGACAAAUUUAGGGUGUCAGUGGGUUUUUUUUUAUACUCAUCACACAGAAAAGGUUCAUCACAUUGUCUUUCUAAACUUGUGAAUCCCAGUGACUGUAAGAUUUCUAUCUGCUUUUCAUUGUUAAACUAGUAAAGUUUAUCAUUAUGGAAAUACAAAUAAACAUUCGACAGUCGAAUGUAUUUUACUCUGGAAGAAUUUUUCUUGCGUCUUAGUUGUUCUUUAUUAUUGAAAGAUAGAAUACUAAUAUUCUGUCAAGUUAAGGUCACAGCCUAAUUUUUUUCCUCAUAUUCUAUCACAAAAAAGAUACUAAGGUGUUUUUUUCUCGUUUUUCCUUCAUUGCCGAACUUCCCAGUGAUGCACAAACUGUAAACCAAAACUGAAUUGAAGUUGUUUUUCAAUGUUUUAUUUCUCUUACUGCUAUUCCAUGUUUCCAGUUUUAUUUGCAAGAGUACUUGACUCCUGCAGUGACUGAAGAGUGUCUGACUGCUUAAGCAACUUGUGUAAAGUUUAAGCAACUUGUGUAAAGUCAGUCAGUACCUUAAGGACUUGAGCAGAUGUCAAGCACUUGACAAAAAAAGAAAAAAAAGAAAAAAAAAGGAAAAAAGUUUUUAUGAUCACUGAAAUUAGUAACUUAUGAUGCAGAAACACAGACAUGGCUUGAGUGCAAAGUGUUAAGCAGGAUAAGCUGUUGAGAAGUAUAUUCCUUAUUUUCAAGGGCAAUUGUAACUAUUAUUUUUUACUAGAUCAUUAUUAAAUGUACAGUCAUUAGGUGCGUAUUUAUAUGCUAAGUUGUAUAUUAUUAUUAUUAUUUUUUUUUUCUGUUUGAAAUCCUUUUGCCCUGAGGUAAUAUGACUCAUUACUUAAGAAAGAAAGUCCAAAACUACGUAUAUAUUUCCUAGUUUGUGAUGGGGUUUAGAAGUGAAGCUUCAAACACAAAUAUUCAGAUUUUAUUUCUCACGCAACUGGCAAAACUGACUGUGAAUAUGAUGGACCGAUUCCAACAAGAUUGCCUCUGCUGUUGAUCAAUCACACUUUAGGGCUUCAUUCUCAUCCAUUUGGAGGACUGAAAGGAGGCCUGUUUUUUGGCCUUGUAUCGUUCAUUCUUUCAUUUGUUGUAUACAAACAGUUUCAACCUUUGUACAGCAUCUAGUAAUAAAGUACGUCCAAGAA